UCCAAGACUCGAACAUUCUGUCACCAUACGCUUUGAAGAAUCUCCGCAACAUCGAACUUGGCAUUUUAUCUGACGACGAGGGAGCAGUAGAUUGGUCAUAAAAGACUUUCUUCCCACUCAAAUCUCCAGGAGCAUAGCCUCGGCACACAACUUCUACAACGACUUCUACAAACAGAAUAUCCCAGCUAUCCCAGGGGCUUUUCCACAUGCGACCACUUUUCGCUUCAAAGAUCCGAUAUGUCUCCCCUUGUGUUCCGAACUCUCCUCAAACCUUUCCCCAACGUCACGCAUUCGACGUACAGCAACUGCGGCGAAGCAGAGCCCCCAUUCUCGUUCUAUCCACAUGAAAUGAGGUUGAGAAUCAUCCACUCGCAGCCGUCGCUGCAGGAGCUGACCAUCAUAAACACCCAAGAAGAGAUCGAGACAGUGGACUACCUGAUGGGGGAGAAUGAGGGUUUGCCGCUUGGGUCUUUGGUGAAGUUCCAUAACUUGCGUCGGCUUGAAGCUAUGGUACGCACUCUCGUGGGGAGGAGACCAGGGGAUCCUGGUUUCGACUCCAGCUUGCCGAAAGACUUACAGACGGGCCCUCGUGUUUGUGAGAAUACUCGGUUUGCAGAAAGCUUGCCAGAGGAGUUAGAGUUGGUCCUUAAAGCCUGUUUGAUUCUUUGCGGUGGUGAAGGUGUUGUUCGAGAGGAGCCAACAAGGCGCAUUGAAGAGCAUGAAAGUGAUCACACUUGUCUUUGCCUAUGGUAUCUCUCUAGACGAAGUUGCGGAGGAAGGGUCGAGGUGCGUGGCUGAGGGCCAGAAGUUGGGCAUCGUGGUAAGUAGACAUAAGGGAGAAUAUCCGGGUUCUGACGAUCAAGCUGAUGAACUGCAAGGCAUAUGAGCAAUUUCUGAUAUGGUAGGAGUGCCGAGGGCGUGUCAGAGUAUGUGAACAGACUUGAGGGUGAAUCUCAAGAUUUUUGGAUUUGUUGCACAUCGCUUCAAUGUACCAAAAGUCUUGGGACAUUGAGAUUGUCCUUGGAGUAGAGAGUGAAUCUCUGAGUCAAGGUUUUGGACCACCCAGGGAAUGGUGAAUCAGUUUUUGCUU